UUUAAUUUUUUCGUAAGAAUAUGGCAAACAUUUCUGGUGAUAUUGGUGGUGUACUCAGCAUGGUCAUCUCCUUUUGAGUUGGCAUUCAAGAAGGCAGCAAGUGGAGGCCUUUUGCCUGUUGAUUUAUUGGUGGAUGCUUUCUUUGCCAUAGACAUUCUUCUCACUUUCUUUGUUGCUUACUUGGACAAAACCACUUAUUUACUCAUUCAUCAUCACAACAAAAUUGCUUUCAGGUACUCUCAUAUAAUAUGUGUAAUUCUAAACAUGCGAUACGGAGAGAGUAGAGUGUAUGCCAACCUUAUUUUUAUCUCACAGAGGUAAGAGAAGUUGUUUCAGAAACACCUCUGGCUUACCGCUUAAGUCACACAAAUCUAAGAACAUAAAAAAGAAAAGAUAUAAGAAAUACUAGAGGAAGCAUCACGUAGCAUUCAAUAAAAAUAAAUUGCAAAGUUACGAUAACCAAAGUAUAACUGGCAGCCAUAUUAAAUUACUAUUUGUAUAAAGGAUAAACAGGUAUGGGGCACCAACCUACCACCAAGUCUAACCCGGCACAAAAGCGAGACAAUGCUCAACUAUCUACUAACAUUUUAUCUCACAUUUAAAUUAAAUGAGCUAAAGAUGUACCGCAUCUUGUCUAAUCACCUUUCCCCGAGACUUCUUUGGCCUAACUCUAACCCUCUUCAAACCAGGAUCACCAACCUCUCCCACCUUCUCAUUGAGUCCUCUUCACAUCUCCAUUUCACAUUCUCGAACCAUUUUAACCUCACUUCAUUCGUCUUAUCGACACAGACGCACUCCUACCCUGUCCCCAAUGUCCUCAUUCCUAAUCUUAUUCCUCUUAGUAUGUCCACACAUCCACCUCAUUUCGCAAUGUCAUCUUCUGAACAUGAAAGUUCUUAACUAGCCAACACUUUACCCCAUACAAGAGAAUCAGCCUAACCACCACUCUAUAGUACACUGUUAUAAGUUAAAAUUGUAAAGGAUAUUGCUCAGAUCAGACAAGUUAAAUGGAGGAUUGGAAAUGUAGGACACUACAUACUUGAGAUGCCACCCGAAACAAAACAAAGAUGAAAUUACAAUUGGGAUUUUUAUUUUUUGAAUGGCAAUGAAAGGUUACUUCUUUUGAAAGGUAUGUGACUCAUCUAGGAUUUCCAAUGGAUGUUGCAUCAACCAUACCAUUCCAACCAAUAUACCAAUUCUUUAAUGGGAAAAAGCAAGAAGGAGACAUUUUUGGCUUCCUCAACUUGCUCAGACUAUGGCGACUACGUCGUGUUAGUAAAUUCUUCUCAAGGCUAGAGAAGGACAGUCGAUUCAGCUACUUCUGGACAAGAUUUUGUAAACUAGUUUGUGUGACUUUAUUCGCGGUGCAUUCUGCUGGUUGUUUCUAUUACUGGCUAGCAACACAUUAUCAUACUGCAGAGAAUACCUGGAUUGGAUCAAAUGUUACUAGUUUCCAAGAAAGAAGUAUUUCUCUUGGAUACACAUAUUCCAUGUAUUGGUCUGUUGUUACCCUCACCACAGUAGGCUAUGGAGAUCUCUAUGCACAUAAUACAGGGGAGAAGGUUUUCGCCAUCUUCUACAUGCUCUUCAACAUUGGCCUAACUGCUUACUUAAUUGGCAACAUGACCAAUCUUGUUGUCCAUAGUGCUGCUCGAACCUUUGCGAUGAGGGACGCAAUCAAUGAGAUACUGCGAUAUGCAAGGAAGAAUAGACUUCCAGAAGGUAUAAAAGAGCAAAUGCUGGCACAUUCAACACUCAGAUUCAAGACUGCAGAACUACAGCAAGAGGAAGUAGUCGAAGACUUGCCUAAGGCAAUAAGAUCUAGUAUUGCGCAGCAUCUUUUCCAUACAACCAUUCAAAAUACGUAUCUUUUUAAAGGUGUCUCCGAAGACUUCUUAGUCCAGUUGGUUUCGGAGAUAAAAGCAGAAUACUUUCCACCGAAAGUUGACAUUGUUAUUCAAAAUGAGAUACUAACAGACUUCUACAUUAUUGUAUCCGGGGCUGUGGAAGUAGUAACAUACAAGAAUGGAACAGAACAGUUCCUGUCAAAAUUGGAAUCCCCGGAAUUGUUUGGAGAAAUAGGUGUGAUCUUUAAUAUGCCUCAACCUUUCACGGUGAGAAGUAAAAGACUUUCUCAGGCUGUUCGAAUCAGUCAUCAUCAUUUCAAGCAACUGUUGCAGCUGUUUACCACAGAUGGAAAAAUAAUCCUCUCCAAUUUUCUACAGCAUCUUAAAGGAAUCGAAAAGGAAGAGCUACAAGAGAUACCACUCAUAUCAGAGUUGCUCAGUGACCUGAAUAGUGAGGAGUUCUCUGUGAGUACGGAGCGAAAUCAUGAAGGACCAAACCAAGAAGGAACCAGAAUUCGUAGAGUGUCAGGCACAUUUCCCACUAGGAUUAUAAUACAUGGAUAUCAUCCACAUGACAAACCAAAUGAAGGUGGAAUUGAAGGAAAACUAAUACAUCUACCUGAGUCAGUUGAAGUUCUACUAACAAUAGCAGAAAAAAAGUUUGGCAAAAGAAGAAGCAUAAUUCUCUUGGCAGAUGGCUCCCUACAGAAGGAUUUGGGUGCUUUGCAAGAAAAUGAUCACUUGUAUAUAGUUUGAGGGGGAAAUCCUCAACGACAUGUAUCGAUAAUCAUCAAAUGCUUAAGAAGUCAAGAUGGUAGGAAAUAUCAUACAAUCUCCUAAUUUCCUUGAAGCUUGAACAACCAUGUCGUACAGUUACGAUUGAAAGUGUAAACAAGUUCAAAGAAAGUUUUUUGAAGGGGUAAAAUAAUGAAACUAUUGUUAUUUU